UAAAGAUGACACAUAUCGAGAAGCCCAAAGAGGUAACGAGUGACGUAAAUGUUGAAAAAGAAGAUACAGAGGCACUUAAAACAUUUAAAGCUUUGGCAAAAAUACCUACAUAUCUCUCAGCAAGUUUCUUGCCUGCUUCAAGCUCUUCGUUGCUUUUAAUUCACCUCACUCUUAGUCAACGUGACUUGAUCCGCAAACUUAAGCGAGUAGUUGCAAAACAAUUGAUCGUGUCUUUGCCAAAAGAUGAUAGUGGUAAAUCUACUGGUAUAUCCACCUCAUUGUUACCAGUUGAUUUGGGAGAUAUUGCUCUACAAGCUAUUUCCCCAUCUGGAGAUCAACUUAUGAUCUUAAGAGCUGUAUCGAAUGACAAAGGAAAAAAGAGAUUUGCUGAAACUUGGAAACUAGGAUCAUUAAUAAAUAUUUUAGAUGUUACCGAUAUCCAUGGAGAGUUCUAUACUGAUGACGAAUUUGGCGGUCUAUAUUGGUCAAAUGAUGAGCAAAAAGUUGUCUAUGUUGCAGAACAAAAGUCAUUAGAAGAUUCUGAUGAGCGGAAAUUCGAUUACGUACCAUCUUGGGGCGAAAAAUUCUAUAAUAAGCGUGCUCCUUUAAUUGUUGUUUUCAACAUUUCAGCAAAUGAUGCAAAAGUUUUACCAAAAUUCGAAAAAAUUGAUCCAGGACAGGUUCAAUUUGGACCUGAAGAUAAAUCCCUUAUUUUUAUUGGAUAUAGUAAUGGGCCGCGACGUUUUGGUAUUGCAGCGUGUACUAAUCGAUCAGCUGGAAUAUACCAGUGUCAGUUGGAUGGGUCUAAUCUAGAGCAUCUAAGCGAUAAUGUUGAGCAUGCACGGUCACCAAGACUUAAUUUGACAGGAGACCGCUUAAUUUAUCUAUCUAAUCCAUCCGGCGGUCCACAUAGCCGAUGUUCGGAGCUUUAUGAGUACAACUUUCCAUCAAAGCAAAAUCGCCUUAUCGUACCUAUUGUACAUUCUCCUUCACCGUCUUUUCAUAAUAACUUUCCUGGGAUAUAUAGUAAAUGUAUUCCUUUAAAGGCAUUUAUUACAAUUGACGGUGUUGAGUUCAUUUUGAUGCACAGUAGUUGGCGUAGUCAAGAAGUCUUAUUGGCAAUAAACCUGACCACUGGUAAGGUUCAAAAAUUGACUACGAUAGGAUGUUGGAAUUUAUUCUCAGCAUGGGACAAGUAUAUAUUAGCAUCGCAAGGUUCAACUACCGAAUUUCAUAAGUUGCAACUCGGAGUGAUAACUGGUUGUCAUGAAGACAAUUUGAUUGUUGAUUGGACAGUUAUUGAUCAGCCUGAUGUAGAAAAAGUGGCGCCUACUCUUGCCAAAUCCACAUGGUCUAUAUUGCAACCUUUUGAAAAUAAUCCUUAUUUGGAAUUAAUAGUCCACAGGCCUAAAGAAGUUCCUUUAGAUAAAAAACCACCUCUCAUCAUUAUUCCACAUGGUGGACCACAUAGUGUUUAUGUUGCAAGUAUUAAUUUGACUAUAUCGACUCUAGUUUCCUUGGGUUAUUUUAUUGUAGAAGUUAAUUACACAGGAAGUGUUGGAUUCGGUCAAGAUUCCGUUGACGCAUUGAUAGGAAACAUAGGUAAUUUAGAAGUUGAGGAAGUUCAGGCUGCAGCACAGUAUUUUAUUGAUCGACACGAAGUUGAUCCUGAUGCAAUAGCAUUAAUUGGUGGUAGUCACGGUGGAUUCAUCUCCGGACAUUUGAUUGGAAAAUAUCCGGCUUGUGUUAUGAGAAAUCCCGUAUUAAAUCUUGGAGGAAUGACAUCAUCAACUGACAUUCCAGAUUGGUGCUUUGCAGAAUUGGGCCUUCCAUACUCUCUAUCCAAGCCACCAAUUCUCAAGCCAUCAGAUUAUGCCAAGAUGUAUGAAAAUUCGCCAAUUUCAAAUAUAGAUCAAGUGAAAACACCAACUUUAUUAAUGCUUGGAGAAAAUGACGCUAGAGUACCAACUGUUGAUGGAUUGGCAUGGUGGUAUUAUUUGAAAGGACAAGGUAAGGUAGAGAUACAAUGCAAGAUGUAUAAAGAGACAGGGCAUUCAUUGGAUAGCAUUGAAGCUGAAAUUCAAGGCGUUGAUGCUAUUACUAAAUUUUUAAAAAAUAAGAUUGGGUUGUAA